CUCCAUUCAAACUCGUGAGGCCCACUCUGCUCGCCGCCUUGCUCUCCAGCCGGUGCUUUGCUCUGAGCCUCACCUACCCUCGGCGAAUCACAAAACCCUUCCCUUUCCAGGGUUUCUGAUAAAACGCAGAGAUCGAAAAGCCGUUCUUUUCCUCCACCCCCUAUCCUUAAUUCCCAAUCCCUGGUGCGUUGCCCUCUUUCAGAUCUCUUCAAAGCUUCUUUAGAUGCUCUAUUUAAAAUCUCAUUCUAUAUCUUGUUUCUUUUUUUCAAGCUCUCUUUUAUCGCCCCCUUCUCCAUCCCAGAGAAGGGUUUUGUUUGAAAUCUUGCUCUAAUUCUAGAUGAUAUUGAGAUGGAGAAGAUUAUUCGAUCUUACCUCGAAUCGGACAUUCAAAACCCUAAGAAAUCCCAGUAAUAAUUGCCUCGAAAGUUCCAAGCUUCAUCUUUGCCCUCAGGUCGUCGAGUCGACUGUGUUGAGCUGCCCUUCGGAUACAAUCGCUCUAAGCUUCUUCCUCUGGUGUGCUCGUCAGCCAAAUUACUUCCACGACCCCCGGUCCUUCGACCGGAUGAUCCCCGUCGUUGGUCGGCUCACCGAGCGCUUUGGUUCUGUUGCAGCGAUUGUAAAGGAAUUGGAGGGCAUUGGUUGUUCCGUGAAGGCUCAAACUUUCAUGAUUUUACUAAGAAUUUAUUGGCGGGGAAACUUGUAUAGGUUGGCAUUGGAAGUGUUCGAUGAAAUGAGUAGUAGAAAUUUUGUUCCCAACACCUUUGCCCGGAAUAUGGUUCUUGAUAUGCUAUUCAAGGUUGGUCGUUUCGAUGCAGCAAUGAGGUUUCUGAGAGACACUCAGUUCCCAAAUUUUCUUAGUUACAAUAUAGUAGUAUGUAAUCUUUGCAAGUCCCGUGAUUGGUUAAGAGUUCGGGAUGUUUUAAGAGAGAUGGUAAGGAAAGGAUUUCAUCCCAACACUGGGACUUAUACAAUGGUUCUGGAUUGCUUUCACAAGGCAGGAAGGCUUAUGGAGUCGCUACAAUUGCUAGCUUUUAUGAUUGUUUCCGGUAAUCAGCCCGAAGUAGCCAUUUGGACAAUGUUGAUAGAUAGUCUAUGUCGAGCUGGGAAAGUUGAUUCAGCCAGCAUAUUGUUGGGAAAGAUGAUAGAGUCUGGAUGCUCACCUAGUGUUGUCACUUAUACUUCCCUUAUCAAAGGGUUUUUCGAAGCACGAAUGUACAACAAAGUGCUUAGACUGUUAGAUUCUAUGCUAUCAAAUGGGUGCAAUCCUGACCAAGUACUGUAUAAUGUUCUGAUUGAUUGCCUGUCUAAGGUGCAAAAAUAUGAUGAUGCAAUUGAUGUUUUCCUUCUUCUGCGUGAGAGGAAACUAAAACCAGAUUCCUAUACUUUGUCUUCUUUAUUGUCUGCAAUAAGCUCAUCAGGUAAAAUGAGCUUGCUUAGCAAACUUGAUAUGAGAUUAGGUGUUUCUGUUGAUCUUGUGGCUUGUAAUUCCCUACUAAAUUUUUUCUGCAAGGUUGGUCAUCCAUCUCAAGCAGUAGUGUUUUACAGUGAUAUGGUUGAGAGAGGCUUUGCACCAGACAAGUAUAGUUAUGUUGGACUGUUGAAUGGUCUGUGCAGGCUAGGAAAGAUAGACUAUGCUGUUAAUUUCUAUCAUGCUGUUGUUGUGAAUGAUCCUCAUAUAGAUGCAUAUGUCCAUACAGCGAUCCUUGAUGGACUUAUUAAAAGAGGAAAAUAUCACUGGGCCAUUAGGCUGUUUAGGAAAGCUGUUAAAGAAAAUUAUUGCCUUGAUGUUGUAUCCUAUACAGUUGCUCUUCAUGGGCUCUUUAAAGGUGAUAGGUUUGAAGAAGCUUGCAGUUUGUUUGACCAGAUGAAGCAGUUUGGUGUGAUUCCUAAUACUUGUACCUACAAUGUGAUGCUUCUUGGCCUUUGCAGGGCUAGAAAAAUUGAUGCAGUUAAGCAAUUGCUUAGAGAUAUGGAGAUUGCUGGAAUAGAGAUGGACCAUGUCGCAUUCAACACGAUAAUUGCUCUCUUCAUUAAAUUGCGGCGUUUUAAUUCAGCUUUCCUUGUAUUUAGUAAAAUGUGUGAUUUGGGAAUGAAGCCUAACAAGACCACCUACUCAUUACUGUCCAAGGGACUUGCCCAUGUCUCUGCCAAAGGACUGGAUAAUCAGAAUUCACAAUCGGCAUAUAAUCUUGAGGAUACUGAUUUUGUUUACAGCACUGAGUCUGAUCAGCCUAAUGAGCUUCUUGUAAGCUCGGGGAGUUAGCUGAUCCUCCAUAUCCUGGAAUGUGCAAAGAAAUGCAUGGGCUGUGAUAGUCUCAUAAGUACCGAAGCAGUUGAUUGUGCAGAGGAUUUGCUAGAGCACUUGCACAUGAAGAUGGCUCUGCAGGUUUUGUUGUUCACAAGCCUUUUCCUGUCCUGCAUAAGUCUGCUGGAUUGAAGCAUAUGGCAAGCAAUUCAGCUAGAUGCAGUUACUGACGUGUAUAACUUCAGUGUUGGGAACAAAAUUGCAACUGUAUGAACUCCAACCAGAAGUUUGGAUGGAAUUAUUGGCAUAGGUUACUUCAUGCAGGAGGAUACAUGCUGCAACGAAUGGUUUCUUGAUGCUGCUCCACGGUGAUCCUUUAGACACAUCAAACUUCGAAUUGGUAUUGAAGGUUGUUCUUGCCAACGAGGAAAGUUGGCUUUGCCAGAGCCCCAGUUUCGGUAAUUCAGUAUUAAUUGACAUGAUGACCUGAGGAUCAUGAAGGGCAAUUAUGGACAACUGGGCGGGCUUAAACAUUCGUCCCACCCAUCUCAGCCUCAGAUCCUCAUUUUCUGUAAUAGGGGAGACUUGCCAUGAGUCAUUAUUCGACGAGAGUUGAGAUUAGUGGAUUGAAAGUUUCAGUCCAUCUGCUGUGCCGCAUCAUUUCCCUAUAGCAAAACGUAGCCUGAACGCUCCAUUUUAUUUAGACAACUCAUGGCUUCUUGACAAAUAAUAUAGUUCUCAUGACUUCUGUACAGCCAAAAAUUGUGUUAAGGCAUGGCUUUCAAGUUGCAGCAGGUGUAGCUAACAGUGAAACAGGACAUUCGCAUAUGGAGUUUGGUUGUUUUGCUGCUGGAUCAAUUAGCUGUCGAUGCUGGAUUUGGAUGGAUCUCGAUAUCCAGAGUAAGCAGUUUGGAUCAGGUACAAAGUUAUGGCUGCCAACCACAGAUUGCUAUGCCCUCUGAACCUGAAUUAAAUAAAACGGAAUUUUAGCGUGCAGAACAUCAAUGGCAGGUGCAAGCAGAUGGAACCCGUGGUAAAGUAUGAUGAAGAAGCUUCUGUAUAGGAAAAUAUAGUCUUCCAUGCUUGAGACAAAAGUGAAAAUAAGGUUGGGUGAGACCUACGAUUUUGGAUUUCUUGCGUUUCCAAAUGCAUCCAUCUUAUGUCAUUCUUGCGUAGUUUCCAAAUGCAUUUUCGCUUGAUCUGGAUUAAAAGUGAACUCCUGAAAUUUUUCUGCCUUUUUUCUUUCUUGGUUCAA